AUGGUCUUGAACAAGCCAGACGACUAUAAACGAAGUCCUGACAGCCAAAUGCACGAUGACAAGACGGCUGGUCUCGUUGCUGACCACGACGUACGUUCCAAAGACGUGUUUGCUCAAUUAGCCGACAUGGAUAAUGGCUUCCAAUGUCUUUUGGACAAGGUCAAACAGGAUAUGCAAUCGGCCAAGGAUGCUAUGCUGUUUCUCAGGAAGCGUGCCGCUAUUGAAGAGGAAUAUGGCAAACAAAUGGCCAAGCUUGCACAAUCAAUGGCAGAGUCGUUUGAUAAGGCACAUCCACGUUCAGGCACUUAUGGCGAUGCAUGGACCUCUUUCCUCAAAGUACAUGAAACGAUUGGUGAACAACGUUUGCGUUUCUCUGCCGAUAUUACAGAAGUCGCCGAUGAUUUGAAUCUGCUAGUGAAGGAUACAGAGAAGGGAAGAAAGCAGGUCAAGGAUAUUGGUCUUAAACAUGAAAAGCAACUCACGGAUGCGGAUCAAAUGUUGGAAAAGUGUCAACAAAAGUAUGAAUUGCAAAGUGAAGAAUGGCAACGAGCGAUACUGCAAAAGAACAAUGACCCACUUCAUGUACCCAAAAAAGGGCUAUUUAAAAACAACAAGACGCAAGCUCAGCUCAACAAGAUGGAAGAGGAUGCACGGGCCAAGGCAACCAUGGCAGAUCAGAAUUAUCGACAACAACUACAAUCCACCAAUGCAGCUCGAAAAGAAUACUUCCAAACGCAUCUACCAAAGAUCUUAACAAAUCUGAAGGAUGUGGGAGAUGAAUGCUGUGUGGCUCUGAGAUAUCAAUUGGCUCGCUAUGCAUACAUUUUCGAACAAGGAUUGACAGCGGAUGGUCUUGCUCUUGAUAAUGAUGAUGGUCUUGGAUUGCGGUCGUUGACCGAAAAGAUUGACAAGGAUGCGGAUAUGGCCGACUUUAUCAAAUCCUACAGCAGCCGAAGCAGCGGUCGUACUUAUAAGAGUGAUAUCCCAUACAAGGAGUAUAGCAUGUCUGCUAGCGCCCUCGCUGUACUUAAUCCCAAUCCUGUAUUCGGCGUGGAUCUCAACAUGUUGAUGGAACGUGAUCGAGAAGAGGUGCCAUUGAUUUUGACAAAGUGUACGGAGGCGGUGGAAACAUACGGCCUUAACACAGUGGGAAUCUAUCGGUUGUCUGGAGUCAAUACCCAAAUCCAAAAACUCAGGGCAGCCUUUGAUCGUGAUUGUCGUGGGGUGAACUUGAUGACUGAAGAAUACAUCUCGGAUAUCAACAACAUUACAAGCGUCCUCAAGCUAUGGUUCCGAGAAUUGCCUGAUCCUUUAUUCCCUCGUUCAACUUAUCAACACUUUUUGGCAGCUGCAAAAAUUGAGGAUGAACAAAUGCGUGUGCUUGGUUUACAUACGAUCAUCAAUGACUUGCCUGAUGCCCAUUACGCGACUCUCAAACAUUUAAUGUGCCAUUUGGACAAGGUACAACAACAUCAACGAUACAACAAGAUGGGCUCAUCCAACCUUGCCACCAUCUUUGGUUUGACGCUUAUGGGCAAUGAAUCAAGCGGUAUGAGCAGUACAUUGGAUUCUCAAGAUAGCGAAAGAUUGGCAGAGACUCAAUGGCAAGUCAAGGUGGUGCAAACGAUUCUCGAUAAUUAUAGUCUUAUUUUCGAACCCGAUGAAUAA